CAUACGCAAGGAAUAGCACCAGACGCACAUAAUGUGCCAAGAGCAAUCGUCGUAGCAUUCCAACCAUAUCCCUCUUGCAAGCUACCUGCAGUCAAAGGACCAAGCAACCCAGCAGCUGCGAGAGAGCAGUUCAUGAGAGAGAAGGAGCUAGCG